UGUAGUGACAGGUUAACCGGUUAGACAACAUCUUCAGACAGGGUGUGACACGGGCAGGUCAGCACUGGAAGCUUGAAGAUCUCUAACUUUGUCACCAACUUUGUCUCACAGGUGCGUGACCGAGUUACACAACAAAAGGUGUUGUCCCGCCAGUGGAAAUUACCGCCAACGGACAGAGCACGUUCCUUCAUCUGGAAUUUUGCAGGUCAGGCUUCCGGAAAAGAUGGGCGGUUACAUAAGGGUCAUUGACUUCUCGGCCUAUAGCCUCGGCACGGAGAACAUCUCCGAGGCCGACUUGGCAGCCCUGACGAAAGAACUCAUGCACUCCUUCACAACGUCAGGGUUCGCUUACCUGAAGAAUACAGGGAUUUCUGAAGAGCAGGUGGACGCGAUGUAUGAUGUAAACGACAGAUUUUAUGACCUGCCCGCUGAGAUCAAAGAGAAGUACGCUCGGGCCAACGACAAGAACCGGGAGCGCCAGGGCUGGGCGUGCGUGGAGAGAGAAAGCAGUAGUUGUUGCCAUUGGUUGUACCACAUAGAUUGUCAAGCAAAAAAGUUCAUUCAUUCAUUCAUUCAUUGUCAUACUUACGACAUUGUGUCAAUCUCUUUCUGUCUGGUUAGCUUAAGUGGACUGGCAGGAGUGAUCCGACCAGGCGACCUGAAGGAGUACUUCGGCGUCAAGAUCCCACUCACCGAAGACGAGUCUUGGCCUUAUGAAGUUCCGGAGUUUGAGGAGACAUGUUUGAACUUCUACGCCGCGUGCAAGGGUCUAACUUUCAGGAUCCUGGAGCUGAUUGCCAGGGGCUUAGGCAUCGAGGUUGCAGGCUUCUUGGACAUGUUCAAGCACAUGGGAACGGGCCCAAACGGAACCAACCUGAGGUCCCUGCGCUACCCGCCUAUACCGAAGGUCGUCAAGGAGGACCAGCUCCGGUGCGGGGAGCACACGGACCUGGGCUGCGUUACCCUGCUGUUCCAGGACAGACCUGGGCUGGAGGUUUCCACUGGGAAAGACAAUUUUGUCUCAGCCCCACCCAUCCCGGGCACUGUGGUGGUCAACAUCGGCGACAUGUUACAGUGGUGGACGGCUGACAAGCUGGUGUCCACUAAACACCGGGUGAUCAUCCCAGAGACGGCGGAAGGCCAGGGGCAGGGCCGCCGCUCCAUCGCCUUCUUCGCCCACGCCGACUCCGACGUGCAGCUAAAGUGUCUGGACGGCUCCGAUAAACACAAGCCCAUGAUCGUCCGCGAUUACGUGAAGAUGAAACUUCAUACCACCUACCUUUAAGGCGUAUAGUGUCUGGGUGAGGGUGGUAUCUCACUGCACUUGGGGCACCGGUGCGGCACUGCUGGGUUUGAAAGAUACUCAACGAAUUCCAGAGAUAAUGAAAUAUUUUUUUGUACGUUUUGUGUAUUUUGUUGUCGUCAAAGUCAUACUUUUACGUACUACGCAAUAUUCAACUUAUAAAAAAAUCGGAGAAAAUAAUAAUACGCAGCGAAUGAACCCCACAGUGCCUCACCGGUGCCCCGAGUGCAGUGAGAUACCACCUUGACAUAUGUACUGAAAAACGUAACGAACGUCAAAACGUUUCUUGCUUUAUCAAUACUGAUAUCGUACCAGGGGUGAAACGCGUUGCUACGGGUCACAAACAAUUUGAAUGAUACCAGUGUAGGUUUUAGUCGUGUUUGUACAGUUUAUAACACCACUAUAUAUACAUAUAUAUAUAUAUAUAUAUAUUUGAAUACCAGAGGGUAUAUAUUAGACUGUCUGUCUCGGGGAUAACGUUAUCCUAAAUAUUAAUUAAGAUUAUCCUAAAGAUUAAUGUUUACAGGUGUUCCACAACUGGUGCUUUUAUAUGCUGUAUUCAUAAGGUGCCCAUAAAUGGUAAAAGCUAGCUUACGCGUCCAUGGCCAAUAGUGUAUGGCUGUUUUAAUGAUAUUUGCUUCCGCAUUUCAGUAGGUAAAACAUUUACACUUGUGUGCUGUAAUGGUUGUGGAUGAAUCGCUGUCUAAGGUGUACUAGAGUAUGCAUUUCAUUUUAGGUAUAGAUCAUUAAAACUUUUGCUUAACAUUUCACUUCUCA